UUUUCCUCCUGGUCCCUCCGUCUCUCUCUACCUCCAUUCGCCUGUUAGGGAGUGUAUUCUUUUUGACGGAUCUCGACUUAUUUGCCUUUUCUCAUGCUCUCUGUCGCCUGCUUCCUGCGCGUCUGUUCACAGUAGCUUAAUCGCAGCCCGCCCUCGUCGUCGUGUCUGAGACACCUCGAACCGCCACCUCCACCGAAUAGCGCUGCCUUACACCUUUGCUUCAGCCGUGACUGCGUUGGGAGCGCGUUCCUCGACGUUCCUUUUCCCACCCUCAUUCAUCAUUGCCCUUGGGCUGGAUCCAAUCGGCUCCUUUACACGCUGUAAAUCCAAUGAUCGGUUAGAUCUGUCUGUGUGACCGUCUCGACUCCAUCCACCACUCACUUUGUCCUCUACCGCCGUCUUUUCGUCACCGUCACGGCGCUUUGUCCUACGCACCCUCCGAGGCACGGGUUUACAAAAGGCUACUAUGGCCAGCAACAUCAUCGGCAACAGGAAUAGCACCCCGGAGGCAUCCAAGACCUCACUUCGCCCGCCCACCUCCAGGACUAUCGGCACAUCCGGCACCCACACCCAGCCCGUCCGUUCUUCUGCCGACAUGUCUUUUACAUCUCCCCUCUCGUCACGUUCCAUCCGCCCCGCUUCCGAAGUCUUAUACAACCAGCAGUCUCAGCAAGGCAGCAUGGACGAUUCAAGCAAGUUGGGAGAACAGUGGAUUCAGGACAUUGAACAAUACGAAACCAUGCUGGAAGAGAUGGCUGCGGCGACAUUGGACCAGGAUUUCAAGGACGAGUUGAGCGCAAUUGAGCAAUGGUUUCGAGUCCUGAGCGAGGCUGAGCGCACGGCUGCCACCUACGCCCUGAUCCAGCAGACGACUCAAAUGCAGCAACGGUUCUUUGCUCAAGUUCUGAACCAGAUGUCCAAAAGCCAUCCCAUUUCCGGAGUUCUCUCGCCAGCAAAUUUUGGAGAGAAAGACGCCAUGUCCAGCCGCCUGAGCGACGCCAUGUCCAAGUUGAAUGUGGACGACCGGAGGACGUCUUUGACCCGACCACCAGUCUCCCCGGCCGGAAACAAGCGCAAUUCAGGCUUGGAUCAGUCCACUAUACAUGCAAUGUUUCCGGAUGCUGUCGCAGCAAUUCAGCAGCAAAAGGCCGAAUAUGCCCAACAAACAGGCAAUCCGCCUCCUUCAAACAGAAACAGCACGGUAGUAGGAGAUCGCAGUUCACUAGUGGCCCCAACCAUAGCGGCUCCGAGAGAGUCCAAGGCAGACGUGAUGAGCUGGCGUCAGGGUGGUGGAGAUACCCAGCAGCCUCCCAUAUCCAGACCCAAAUCGUCGUCUGGUCAGCAGGGCCAGCAUCAGCCGAUGGGCCAGUUUAGUCAACCUCCGUCAUCUGGUGCUCUUCGUUCUCCGCGUCCACUGGGGGGUUCCGGCGGUAAUAUUCAAAGCACCACACUGACUGCUCCGGACCCGAUAUCCAGCGAUAUGCCACUUCUGUCUCCUUACAAUGUAGGGAACCAGAGUUGGGCUUCAAUGACCAAUACGCCCAUGGUUCCAAACUUCAAUCAAGCUCAGUCCCACAGCGAAAUGGUGGCCAAUGCCACCGCCAUGAAACUCGCCGCUCUGUCCACAGUCAACAACAGGAUUGCCCUGGACGAUGUCAAGAAAUACCGCCGCGCUAGGUCUAACGAACCUCAACCCCCGACACAACCACCGCUAACCCCAGGAAUCACGGCUUCUGGCAUCCCAGGCAUCAACACGAUCAUGGUCAACGACCACGGCCAAAUCCUCAAUGCUCAACAAGUAGCCGCCAUUCAAGCACAACAGAUUGCUGCCGCACAAGGACGCCGAUCUCGACCCAAUUCUCCCGGUCUUCCACUGCCGACGCCUCUCGGCCAAACCGCUUUCUCUUCUCCCCAACACAACGGGUUUUUGGCCGCAUAUGAGGGCGCACCAAUCAUGAUCGGGGCAGGUAUGCCGGGACUAGUUCCUCAGACAGGCAUAUUCGGUGGUGGCGGUGAAGGGUAUCUAUCCGACCACUCGGAGAUCAAUCGGGGCAGGUCGCCCAGAGGGCGCCGUGGUAGCUCCAAACCCCCCGAAGACCCGACUGACCCGAAUCUGCUGAAAGAUAUCCCGACAUGGCUUCGAUCAUUGAGGUUACACAAGUACACCGACAAUCUGAAGGACCUCAAAUGGGAGGAGUUGAUACAGCUCGACGACAAGGGGCUGGAAGCGCGUGGUGUGAAUGCUUUGGGUGCGAGGAACAAGAUGCUCAAGGUGUUUGAGCAGGUCAGAGAAGCCCAAGCAGAAGGCAAACUGUAGAAUUGCAGUUUCCUUUGCGGCCACGCAGAUCAUCAUCUAUUGUCCGACCGAGGUGCCGCUAUGCUUUUCUGAUCUUUCCAAGGUUUGGGGCGUGGGCGCCCGGGUUCGAUUCACAAGUGACUGUUCCGGCGCGAUGAGCGAAGACUGGAGCUGGGCUUCUGUUCCGGUCUACCUAGUUGUCUGCCAUGUUCUGCUACGGAUUGGCCUUUUGACAGGAUCAGGAUCUCAGGUGGGCGGCUGCUGGUGUAGUCGACACAACCACAAGGCCGGCCAAACAAUCCCCUCUGCCAUGGUCGGGCUAGUACCCUAGUAAUUUUCAGUUCUUUUCGACGAAGACUGACCAUCGAUGGCAUGAUGACUCGACGUUUUUCUAUAUAGCGUGACGAGAUAACCCAUACCACCACGAAUCUUCUAUGUGAACAUGCAACCGGACCCCAAAAUUGAAUUGGACACGCUUGGUAUUCUGAUGGUCCGGGGGAUUAAGGAGGCUCAGUAUGAGGAUUUUCAGUGGGAGGCAUAAUUCGAGGGGGAGUUCAAACUCUGCUCUAUACCCAGGAUUCGGUACUCGGUGCUCUAUAUUCCAUUCCCUUCCCUUCCAUUUGGCCGCUCGGAGAGAAAUGCUGUGU